AAGCGGCUGAAUCCUAACGUGCUUCCUUCGUGUCGUGUGUUAUUUUCUCAACGGAAUAUUCCGUCGGUGAAGAAUUCUGAUAGAGAAGAGAAGAGGAAGAUAAAAAAGAAAAGAAUGAGCGGUCACAUUCCUCCUGCUCCGAGGAGGAACAGUGUGCACAAACGGCCUCCACCAAUGUCGAACAAGGCCGUAAACGGAAUCACAAGCGAACCUCCUAGCAAGGCUCCUUCUCCGCCUCCUCCUGAGCUUGAUGAGCAAGAAAGGACAGUGAGGAAGCUUAGAUUGUCAAAAGCCCUCACGAUACCCGAGGGGACUACCGUUUUUGAUGCAUGUAGACGCAUGGCGGCUCGGCGAGUUAAUGCUGUUUUGUUGACUGAUUCGAAUGCUUUGCUUUCGGGAAUCAUGACUGACAAGGACAUUGCUACUAGAGUUAUAUCUGAGGGUUUACGAACAGAUCAGACGCUAGUGUCAAAAGUGAUGACUAGGAAUCCCACAUUCGUGACGUCAGAUACUCUGGCAAUUGACGCCCUUCAGAAGAUGAUCCAAGGUAAAUUUCGGCACCUCCCUGUUGUGGAAAAUGGAGAAGUCAUUGCCAUAUUGGAUAUCACCAGAUGUCUUUAUGAUGCCAUAUUUAGGCUGGAGAAGGCUGUUGAGCAGGGGAGCGCUAUUGCUGCCACAGUUGAAGGUCCAAAUGCUUUGAUGGAUACACUGAGAGAGCACAUGUUCAAGCCUUCCCUAUCAACUCUAAUAAGUGAAGAUACAAAGGUUGCUUUUGCAUCGUUAGCAGAUCCUGUCUACGUAGUUUCAUUAAAGAUGCGGGAGUUGCGUGUUAAUUCGGCAGUUGUUGUGUCACAGUCAGGAACCAAGAUUCAAGGAAUAUUGACUUCAAAGGAUCUCCUUAUGCGUGUUGUGGCCCAAAAUCUUUCUCCUGAGUUAACUCUAGUGGAAAAGGUGAUGACUCCAAACCCAGAUUGUGCCACCCUAGACACAACAAUUGUUGACGCACUGCAUAUGAUGCAUAAAGGGAAGUUCUUGCAUCUUCCUGUUGUAGACAGAGAUGGAUAUGUGGCUGCUUGUUUGGAUGUUUUGCAGAUAACUCAUGCAGCAAUUUCCUUGGUUGAGAGUAGCACUGGAGCUGCUAAUGAUGUAGCGAAUACAAUUAUGCAAAAGUUUUGGGACUCGGCUCUUUCUUUAGAGCCACCAGAAGAUUCUGACACUCAUAGUGAACUUUCUAGCCACAUGACAGCAGAUGGCACAGAGAGAGGGAAGUCUCCUGUGCAACACAUAGACUUGGGAAACACAUUUUCCUUUAAACUUGAGGAUCUCAAUGGUCAUGUGCAUCGAUUCAACUGUGGUACCGAACAUCUAGAUGAGCUUGUAUCCAUAGUCAUGCAGAGAGUUGAACUUAAUGACGAAGAACAACGCCCUACAAUAUUGUACGAGGAUGAUGAAGGUGAUAGAAUUAUUCUAGCAACGGAUCAUGAUCUUGCUACUGCUGUCGGCUAUGCUAGAUCUUCAGGAGCGAAGGCUGUAAAGUUGCAUUUGGUGUUAGGCAAUCCAACCAAAUCAGAACCACGACCACCACAAUCCGAUACAACUACUACUACUACAACAGUAACACAGACUCGUAGUUCUUCUCUUUCCAUGCGAUCUGGUAUUGUUGCAGGUGCGAUUGCUGUAACUAGCGUUGGUGUGUUUGUCUACCUAAGGAGCUGCAGAAAGUGAUGUGUUGCCAGUAUGAAAAAGUAAUACAACAUAAUCAAUCACAUGCUGCGAAAAUUCCAGAGUUCCAUUGAUACUUAUGCGCUCAUUACAACAACGGAAAUUUUGUCUGAUGAAAUAGGUGAAUGAUGUUGGGGCUCUCUAGUCCCGUGUCCUUUUUCUUUGUCGGUAAUAUUCAUCACUUGUGGUCAAGCUAGGUUUAUUUAACAAAGAUGGCUACUUAUAUAUCUCUCUCUAAUGUAAGUGCAAUUAGAAAUUCCUUCUCCUAUGUAUAGGUGAUGACGUAAUGUUUUGGCAUACAACAAUAUUCAGAAAGGUCACGACUUGCGACUUUCUUAAAAUUUC